AUGUUGAUGGUUUUCUUUCUCCGGACACCGAUCCACUUUCACCAUCACCUACUCUGCCGCAGGCUCCUUCCACUUGCCGCAUUUGUGCGUCGAGUGACUUGGUCCAGCCAUCCGCUGUUCCACCACUUAAUCCUCCUGUUACGAACCCCACUGAUGAUCUUCCUCACGAAUAGCCUGCUGAUGCGCAACUCGGUCUCCAAUCAGAUACCGCGCCACGAGCUCCUCCUGCUGCGCCACGCGCACCUCCUGUUGCCAUGCAUCCGAUGCAAACUCGAGCAAAGUCAGGUAUCUUUAAACCUCGAUAUCCUGCCACCAUUAACUGUGCAUCUCUUCUCACUGCUCUUACGGCUAUUAACGGAGCCACGUGGCAUCACGACUGCUCUUAAAUAUCCUGAAUGGGUGCGUGCUAUGCUUGAGGAAUUAUCUGCUUUAAAGGCGAAUAAUACUUGGUCUCUCGUGUCGCGCCCUUCCUCCACCAACACAGUCGAUUCGAGGUGGGUGUUUUGCACUAAACUUCUUGCUGAUGGUUCUGUUGAUCGAUAUAAAGCUCGCUUGGUUGCCCAAGGGUUUAGCCAAAUUCCUGGUUUUGAUCACUCACACCUUCAGUCCGGUUGUCAAAGCAUCCACUAUUCGAAUUGUUCUUUCACUUUCUGUUAUGAACUCCUUGCCACUUCACCAACUGGACGUAAAAAAUGCCUUCUUAAAUGGUGUACUCUCUUCUCCGGUCUUUAUGGAACAUCCCCCUGGGUUCAUUGA